AUGACGGAAAGCAGCAGCGACGAAGGAAUACCACUGGCGCAGAUGAGGGGCGCCAAACCAGCCGAGCUCAAGAGCGAGGAGGGAAAGCCCGGUGCCGCACCCGAGCCAGCAGCUGACGACGGCAGCAGCAAGGAGGACGAUGUGCCGCUCAACACGCGCAAGGCGGGCAAGCCGGCCCAGAACGAAAAGAAACCCACCACAAAGUCGGGUGGCAAGGCAACGGUGGAAGAGGAACCCGAAUCGGGAGGCAAGACGAAGCCGGGCAGCGGUAGCAAGAAGCGGGCGGCGGCGGCGGCGGCGGCCGACAAGCCCGCCGCCAAGAAGCCGGCGGCGGCGGCGGGCGGCAAGAGGAAGGCGGAGGGCGGCAACGGCAGCGUGACGGCGGCAGGGGAGAAGGUGAAGAAGGAGCGCAAAGUGUUUGACAUGCCAGGCCAGACGCGGGACACGCCGCCAGAGGUGGACGCCCUGCGCCGCUUCUACUCCUCCCUCAAGGAGCAGCGGCCCGGCAGCGAGAUGGCCACGCGGUGGUGCGUGCAUCACGGGCUGCUGCCGCGGGAGGAGGCGGAGGCGUGGGUGGUGGAGCAGGCACAGAAGAAGAGGGCGGGCGCGCCGUCGCCCAGCAAGCCGGCAGCCAGGAAGCAGGCGGCGGCAGGCUCGUCGGCCAAGCGCAAGCGGGCGACGGCAGCAAUGAGCGAGGAUGAAGAUGGAUCGUCCGAUUUCAAGAGCGCCAAGAAGAAGCCGGCAGCCAAGAAGAAGCCGGCAGCGGCCAAGAAGGCGGCGCCGGCGGCUGGCAGGAAGCCGCCGCCCACGCGAGACGUGGCCUUCACCGAUGGCGGCCUGAGCGGUGCGCCUCAGCCUGCCGCUGCAGGCUGA